CGCGGACUGAUCUGCUGCUCAAACUGCGAAGGGCGGUGUCGCGAGAAGCUGGCAAUAAACUGUCAAUGAUGCUGCUGCUGAAGUCACUAGCAUCCCUGUGCAUCCUGGCCGCUGCUGCCUUUGCAGUCCCUGCUCAGGAGAAGCGCAUCCAUCAUCAGGCUGACCUGAGUGAACGUGGCCACGACGACACUCACGGCUUUCAGUACGACCAUGAGGCCUUCCUGGGCAAGGAGGAGGCCAAGACCUUUGAUCAGCUGACCCCCGAGGAGAGCAAAGACAAAUUAGCGAAGAUUGUGGACCGCAUUGACAUGGACAAGGAUGGCUACAUCAACCAUGCAGAGCUGCACUAUUGGAUCAAACACCGGCAGAGGAGUUACAUUGCGGAGAAUGUGAACAAACACUGGAAGGACUACGAUCAGAACAAAGACGGAAAGAUAGGCUGGGAGGAGUACAAAAACACCACCUACGGCUACUAUCUGGGCGAGGAGUUUGAUGACAUUGAAGACAAGGCCACCUAUAAGCCCUUGCUCACCCGGGACGAGAGGCGCUUCAAGACAGCCGACCGAGACGGUGACGGUACCGCCACACGUGAGGAGUUCACUGCCUUCCUUCACCCGGAGGAGUAUGAUUACAUGAGAGACGUGGUAGUGCAGGAAACAAUGGAAGACAUCGAUAAGAACGGCGAUGGCAAGAUCGACUUAACUGAGUACAUUGGUGACAUGUUCACACCAGAGGAUGGGGACAGCGAGCCGGACUGGGUCCAGACAGAGAGGAAACAUUUCUCAGAGUUUAGAGAUGCCAACAAGGAUGGCUACAUGGAUGCUGGUGAGGUGGCCGACUGGGUCUUGCCAGGAGAGGUCGACCAUGCUGACAAUGAAGCCAAACACCUGAUCCAUGAGACGGACACCGACAAGGACCAGAAAAUAACCAAGAAGGAGAUUGUGGCCAACUGGAACAUGUUUGUGGGCAGCCAGGCGACCAAUUACGGGGAGGACUUAACAAAGAGACACGAUGAACUUUGAUGAGCUGUCAGAAGCUCAUUGGGAGAAUGUGGUUACCAUGGUUUCGGGGUGGGGGUUCUGACUUUGGUCCCACAUGCACAUACACACAGACACAAGAAUCCUUUUAAAUUCAGCAUUCACUCACAUACUGUGUAUGUGAAAACAGACGCUACACUUCUCUCUUCAUUUACACAUCUUUGUGGGGUUUUAACUGAGAUGACACAUUCCUGUUGUCUGAUGAAAACUGUGUAUCUCCAGAAUUACAAACCAACCAAACUGUGGAUAAUGUCCAACAUUCACUGGCAUCCAGCUGACAGUUUGGUUUUUU